AUGCUACCGAGGCCGCUUGGAACCAGCUCGUCAACUACGGUCCCGACGAUAAGGACACAAAUGACGACCACGUCACCAACCGGGGCCCUCCUGGCGAUGGCGACCAUGUUGCCUGUGCAUGAACGGCAGGGAAGUCACCGCUGCACUGGCAAUUGUCUGCUCAACAACAAACUCGAGUUUCUGCGCCCUGCUGGCGAUGACUGCCAAGAAAUGUCAAUGCUGCAGAUAACUGGAUUAUGUAGAGUUUUGAGCCCGGAACUCACGGUCGGAGAACUUCUCUUGACAUUUGAAAGUCAAUUUGAUGAAUUUCCCAGGUACGGUGGGAAGCAACGCGUUAGAGUUGAUCAAACUAUGGACCGUGCGUCAGUGGCUGGAUGGGAGCCAUUCUCCUUUUACCACGCAAGGAGCCGAUCUCGGACUAUUUAUUUCAAUCAACAAUCGAGACUCAUCCCGAAGACUACUUUUGCCUUUUCCUCAGCCGUCUUACCUCCAGAGCUUCUCCGACCGGGUGUCUCACGUAUGCCCCCACGCGAGUCCGUGGUUGACAAUCCCAAGUCACCCCUACGCCGUUGUCACCACUACAUCUACAUCAUCUCCUGGGCCCUAGUAUCGUCACUUAUUCUUUACUGCGCCGGAGGACUAUCUUACGUCGAUGCCUUGCUUCUCGCCUCCGGCGCAGCCACACAAACCGGCCUCAACACGGUAGAUCUCAAUCGCCUCCAUGUGGUUCAACAGGUCACCCUGUUGGUGGUGUCGAUGGUCACCAAUGUCAUCUUUGUACACUCGCUACUUGUGGUGAUUCGGCUGUAUUGGUUCCGGAAACGAUUCAAGAGAGCCAUUCAUGAGGCAAAAAUGAUGUGCCGCGCACAGCGGAACACCCUGAAUCAAAGACUUGCAGAUGUGGAGAAUGGACAUUAUCGAACAUUCUCGCGCGAAAGACCAUCGGAGGAGGAGCCUCUACUUUCAACCGUCACCGAGGAGAGCACAACUGCCUCUCCCAGCGAGUCUCCUGGCGGCAGGAGGUAUGGCCCAACCGGCUCCAUGAGCCCGCACAUCACCUUCUGUGAGACGGAGGCUGAGCACGAGGUAAAACAACGUCGACGGUCAUACUCCGGUACCUGGUCGCGUCGUUCCCUGCCUGAGAUCGAUAGUCCACAGCGGCGGCGAUCAUUUUCCGAGACGCAGAAUGAUAUGCCGCCGCUGCCAUCAUUGAUGUGGCAGUCGUCGAUUGCCAGUUACUCCGACUGGAAUGAAGCGCAAAAGGAGGAACUUGGGGGUAUUGAGUACCGAGCAUUAAAGACAUUGUUUGUCAUCCUUGUUUGCUAUUAUGUGAUCAUUCACCUGCUAGGAGCAUUGCUCUUCCUGGUAUGGAUUCUGCCAAAUAGACACUACGGUCAGAUCCUCGCAGAGAAUGGCAUCAGUCGGCCUUGGUGGGCUAUUUUCACUGCGGCUCAGCCUUCAAUGACCUGGGAUUCACAUUGACUCCAAACUCGAUGGGGUCGUUCAACACAGCGGUAUUCCCCCUACUUGUGAUGACCUUUCUCAUUGUGCUCGGGAAUACCGGGUUCCCAUGCAUGCUCCGCUUCAUCAUAUGGACACUAUCGCAGUUCACUACAUACGGCAGUCCCCUCGACGACGAGCUCCAAUUUCUCCUAGAUCAUCCCCGACGCUGCUUCACGCUGCUUUUCCCCAGCACAGAGACCUGGCGACUCGCCGCAGUCCUCCUGCUCAUCAAUGCUAUAGACUUGAUCAUCUUCUACACUCUCCAAGAAUUCCCCCACCCUAGCCCCAUAUCAGCCGGUCUCCGUCUCGUCAACGGGCUAUUCCAAAUCGCCUCCACCCGUACCGCCGGCUUCACCAUCGCCUCACUAGGCACCCUCCACCCAGCCGUACAAGUCUCGUUCGUGGGGAUGAUGUACAUCUCCGCAUUUCCCAUCGCGAUCGCCAUGCGCAAAACCAACGUCUAUGAAGAACGCAGCCUCGGCAUCUACAACGAAGAGUACGACGAGCAUGACAAGCCGCACCAAUCUGACUCCCUAGGCGCUCAUAUCCAACGUCAGCUGGGAUUCGAUCUGUGGUUUGUCAUGCUAGGCUUUUUCUUCGUUGCAGUCGCCGAGGGGAAACGUCUCCAGGAGAACCGCACUGAUAUUGCGUUCUCGCUCUUCCCUAUCCUGUUUGAAAUUGUGUCUGCAUACGGCACUGUGGGCUUAUCAAUGGGUUACCCUGGUACCGAGACGAGUCUGUGUCGGGAGUUCAAUGGCUUGUCCAAGGUAAUUGUCAUUGCGAUGCAGGUGCGUGGGCGCCAUCGUGGUCUACCACAUGCGCUGGAUCAUGCGAUCCUGUUGCCGUGUGAUUUGGUGGAGCCGGACGAGCAGGGCCGGAGGCCAGAGUGGUGGUGGAAACGGUGGCUCAGGAAGAAGAGCUCUGAUCUGGGGAACUUGUUUACGCAUGACUGA